AUGCUCGUGAUCGAGCAAAGAGUCCACACACGUAACUUAAGCCGAGGGAUCUUUCUUAAGGCUAGACUGUUUCAUGGUCUAGAGGCCAGUGGUUGGCGGAUGAAAUUCUCUCUUCUGAAGGCCGAGGUGGAGAUCGAGGCUGAUAUUGAGACUUAUAUAGAGAUUGCAAGAAAACUGAAAGCUGCCAAUGUUGUGGUUAAGCCGACGCGACUUAGAUUACCCACACCGAAGGUGGCAAGCCCUGGACUGAACAAGCCUGUGCUGUCUCAACCAACUAUCAUCACAACAAAUCAGAUGAAAGCCUUGUACUGUCAAGAAGCCCCCGAGGUAAAAGUGCCAACACCAUCAUGUCACUCGCCAGGCGCCAUCUUGCCCGAUCUGCCGCACCCCACAGAUAAUGACACCGACAAGAAUAACGGUCUCUCGAAGGAGGCAUCGUCGGCGGACACGCAAGGAUGGCUGAACCGGCACCGUUUCGCCCAACACGCGGCUACGUUUAGCAACUUUUGCGGGGCCGAUCUGUUGCGUCUCUCUCGGGACGAUAUAAUACAAAUUUGCGGGCUUGCUGAUGGUAUACGACUAUACAACGCUCUUCAUGCGAAACGCAUCGAACCACGCCUAACAGUAUACGUAUGCGCUAGUGGUUCGAAUAUAUACAGCGCGUUGUACCUCGACGCGUGCGCCGCCAGCGAAUUGCUCAUCAAGCUGCAAGGGCUUUUGCACAGUGCUGCCGCCAAGGAAUGCGACACAGUACUUGUGUCGGGACCGAACGGCGCAAGAGUACGUUUAACGGACGAACUCGUACGACAUCUCCCGGAUUCGUCCACUUAUAAACUCGAACAUGUCGAAAACUCGCUUCUACUUAGUCCAACUAACUAA